CACCACCCGUUGUCCGAUUACUGAUAAAAAUCGAAGACUUCUUUACAGCUUCCUUACGUCGCCACUCCAAGGCGCAAUCGGAGCUCCGGCGUAUACUAUACUCUCAGUCUCAGACGAUGCGAAGCACUGCAAUAUCGUACGUAAGCUGGAAUUUGAGUUCCGGCGAAGGGAACCGGGGAACAAUGUCGGAAUUCUCACGUUCUUCGACUUGUUCCGAUGACUCUUCUGUUCGGAAAUCGGCUUCGGCCAGGAAUAUUGUGGUGAUCGCCGCCAGGACUGUUGCAGAAGCGAUAUCUACGUGCUUUACUCCUCCGGAGACUACAUCUUCUAAUGAUGACCGAGAUUUUCAUCAAUUUAGAGCUUCUUCUGUUGCUGGUGGGGAUGGAAAACGUAGUUCCAGUCGAGGGAUCUUCUUCAGAUCCUACAAUGCGGAUGACAAGACGGUACCUGGGGGAGUAAAUUUCACAAUGGCGGAGAUUUACAAAGCUACCAGGGACUUUUCCCCUUCCCUCAAGAUUGGACAGGGAGGAUUUGGGACGGUUUACAAGGGAAGACUUGACGAUGGCACCCUCGUCGCUCUUAAACGUGCCAAGAAGAGUCUCUAUGAUAAGCAUUUGAGCGUGGAAUUCCAUAACGAGAUCCAGACAUUGGCACGGGUAGAUCAUUUGAAUCUGGUUAGGUUCUUUGGAUGUUUGGAGCAUGGAGACGAAAGGAUUGUGGUGGUUGAAUAUGUUCCCAACGGAACACUUAGAGAACUCUUGGAUGGCUUGAAUGGAAAAUUUCUGGACUUCGCUGCCCGACUGGAAAUCGCCAUUGAUGUGGCUCACGCAGUUACUUAUCUACAUAUGUAUGCAGAUCACCCAAUUAUCCACAGAGACAUCAAAUCUUCCAAUAUCCUGCUCACUGAAAAUUUCAGAGCCAAGGUAGCUGAUUUCGGGUUUGCUCGCUUCGCUGCGGACAGUGAUAACACGCAUGUAUCCACCCAGGUUAAAGGAACCGCGGGCUACUUGGACCCUGAAUAUCUGAGGACUUAUCAGCUCACUGAUAAGAGCGAUGUCUAUUCAUUUGGGGUGGUGUUAGUCGAACUCGUUACAGGAAGACGCCCGAUUGAGCCGAAGAGGGAAUUCAAGGAGCGGAUUACUACGAGAUGGGCAAUGAACAAGUUUACGGAGGGAGAUGGGAUUAUGACGUUGGACCCAAUGGUAGAAAGGAAUGCUGCAACAAACCUAGCACUGGAGAAGAUUCUGGAACUGGCCUCACAAUGCCUGGCUCCAACCAGAGAGAGUCGGCCGAGCAUGAAGAGAUGUGGUGAGAUCUUAUGGGGCAUCCGUAAGGACUACAGAGAACUCUGUGCUUCAGAAUACAGUCGUUCAAUCUCCUUUCGUUCCCAGAGGAGUUCAUUCAGGAAAGAAUAUUAAGAAAUUGGUUGCAUGAGAUCCCGACUUUUUGUGAGCCUUUGACAUUAGCGAAGAACGGUAGCUAUGAUGCAGUGAAUCCAGAAAGUAUGCAGAGGCAGCCAUUUGAAUAUAAUACGUUCAAGAGAGCUAAAUCAAUGUAGAGGACUUCUUUUCUGUAAUUUUUCCUUUAACAAUAGACGUCAAGUAGUUAGUAUAUGAUACAGAAAUAUAUGAACAAGAAAAAGACAGUUUAUUUUUCCA